GUCUCAAGCGGCUGACGGGACGUCAGGAUGUGAGCGCCGCAUUGACCGAGAUGAAGGAGGAGAAACGGCGAAUGGACAUGGAGCCUAAAGUCUCCAUCCUCCAGCUCUUCCGUUCCGGCAUCUACCGCCAGCCGCUGCUGAUCGCUGUGGUGCUGCAGCUGUCCCAGCAGCUGUCGGGCAUCAAUGCGGUCUUCUAUUACUCCACCGACAUCUUGACCAAAGCUGGCUUGGAGCAGCCCAUAUACGCGACUAUCGGGACGGGCGUGGUCAACACCGUCUUCACCGUCAUUUCGGUGUUCUUGGUCGAGCGGGCAGGAAGGCGGACGCUACACAUGGUGGGCUUAUUCGGAAUGGGGGUCUGUGCCCUUUUGAUGAUGACUUCGCUCCUCCUCCUGGAGGCGAUCGGUGCUUACGUCUUCCUCAUCUUCGCCAUCCUCCUCUUCAUCUUCUCCGCCUUCACCUACCUCAAGGUGCCCGAGACUCGGGGGCGCACCUUCGACGACAUCGCCACCGCAUUCCGACGCAACCGGUCGUUGUUGGAACACGAGUUCAAGCCUUACACGGAGCUGGAGGAGCUGGGUCAAGACGGCCACGAAUGA